CUUCGGAUUCUUAAUAACGGGACACGACGCAAAACGAUUCGUCUGCCACAUUCUGUUAUUUCUGCAUCUCUCUCAUCGUUUGGUUCCCCAGAAAAUCCACGAGAAAGCUGCCAGAAAAUGGGGGAAAAUCAGAACCAGUAAAAACCAAGGUGCCUUGUUAACCAUCCUUUCUUCACAGUUGGUGGUUUCUCUGUUUGGACUAAAUUGCAGCUCAAAGAUGCACUCGAGGGACUUGCGCCGUAGAAAAGAGGUCACUGGACGAUUUCCUGAGUGUGGUGCGAUCUUCAUGUCAAAUAGAAGUACACUUGAAGAAUGUUUUGAGAGGGGAUUGCUUGGGCUACCAGGUUCUGCAUCUGAUUUUGUUAGAAGAGUUAAGGCAGGAAUGAUUUUGUUUCUUUUCGAAUAUGAAGACAGAAAACUCUAUGGGGUUUUUAGAGCAAUAUCGGAUGGUGGCAUAAACAUUGUUCCUCAUGCAUAUACAUCAUCUGGUAGGAGCUUCCCUGCUCAGGUUCAAUUUACCACAAUCUGGCCGUGUGAGCCCCUAUCUGAAAAGGAGUUUCGUGAUGCUAUUCAAGAUAACUACUUUGACACCAAAAAAUUCAACUUUGGUUUGUGUGAAAAGCAGAUUCAAAGUCUUCUGUGGUUAUUCAACUCAAGAAGACUUCAAAUCAUGGACUCUCUUCAGGACAAAAAAAGGAAGAACAGAGAGGAUGAAUUCGAGUCUAUUGAAGGUGGACUAGAGAAAGAGAAAUUUUCUGAGAUUCAAAUCACUGGAAGGAAGCUCAAUUCUAGUGAUGAAGCUUAUGAUCCUGAACAUCCUGGCUUCGAUCAUUCAGAGGGAUCCAGGGCUGACUCUGCUGCUGGCAUUGAAUCACAUGAGCUUCUUACAUUGCCACAAAAGAAAGAAAACUUCCAUGUUUCUGCCCAAGACACUGAAGACUUUAUACCGUUGUUUUCACCAGAACAUUCUGACAUUGAAGAAGAUGGGUUUGAUUCCGAUGAGUGUUCUGAAGAGAAACAGAUAGAGUUGUUUCUUGGCAAUAAAGUUUCUUUUGUACCUGUACCACAAUUUGCUCCUAGUUUUGUGCGGUAUAACCAGAUGAAAAUGGAUCACCUAUUUGCUUCUCCACAUGGGAGCAACACAUUAGAUGAUUCUUCAAUUGCUUCUCCACAUGGAAGUAAUCAUUCAGAAUCGCCUCAGCCCAAGGGCAUGUAUGCUGAUAACGCCAACAAAAGAGCUAGUGUGUUUUCUCGAUUAAAUUUUUCCUCAAAGCAUAUUACUUCAGGAAAUAAGAAUCGUGCAAAGAAGAAACGCCAUUACAAGUGUGAAAAGAUGGAAAUGGUCACGCGACAGAAGCUUGAGAUUGAUGGUUGUUCUAUUGAUAAAAGGACUAGCGUGUUCAUGCGCUUGACCAGUGCUUCAUAUUCUGUUGAUCAACAAGUCCAUUGCAUGACAGGAUUCAAGGAGGGAAGUGGUGGGUGGAAGAAGAGAAAGGGGGAAAGCAUUUCCUGAGAUUGAUGGGUUCUGAGUAACUGGUUUCAAGCUGUUGACAGAGACAUGCAGGUUGGAGGAAUAUGAUGGGGAAAGCUGAUUGAGAAAAUGGUCGGAUAGAAAAUGAAAAGAAAAAGAGUUGGUAGUUUUUUGGUUUUCCAUUGUUUAGUUAAGUACAAAAUAGGAGGAAAGAAAAUAUAGAUAUUUCAAAUGUCUAAAAUAUCUUAAUCAAGAACUUAGAUGAUGAUGGUUUCAACUGUUGGGAUUUUUUCUCUUGCAAAAAUUAAUUUCAUAUCUCAUGAAA